AAUGAGUUUUGUAAACGAUUUGGAUGAUCUGUGUGAUUUUAGUAAAUUAAGUUAAAAGUGGAAACAAACCAAAAAUGAAUAAGUAAGAUAGCCUUCUCCUAGUCCUUCAAAAGCUGAAUCUGAUGUAACUUCUAGUAAAUGUGUAACAAAUCCUUGGAACAAAGGUUUGAUUCAUAACUUAUAAUAGAAAAUUUUGUACCAAAUAAUGAAGAGGCAAAAAAAAAUGUUAGUAAAUCUAGAAAUCAUGCUCCUUAAAUUAUUGAUGAGGAUACUGAAUAAUUUAAAAUUAGAUUAGAACAUAUUUUAAAUGUUUUUAAGACAGAGGCCACAAGUGAAUUUAUGACUAUGAAGAGAUCUAUGUUAGAGGAUUAAAAAUAAACAAUUAAAUAAGACACUGAAAAGUAUUUGUAAAUGUAUGAAUUAAAAAAUAAUGAAUUAUAAUAAACAAAAGAAUAAUUGGCAGAAUAAAUGAGAAUUUGUAAUUAAAUUACUGAAAGAUCAGAAAAGAUAGCAUAAUAUUGUGGUAAAAUGAAGAAUACAAAAAGAAGAUUAUAUAUUUUAUCAAAUGUCUUAAAUAGUUUAAAGUAAUAUACAAAAUAAUCAAUAAAGAAAAAAAAUGUAAUUAUAAUUAAAUAUUAUAGAAUUAAAAAAAAGGAACUAAACAUUAUAAAUAAUAUUUAUAAAGAUGGAUAUUUAAUUUAUGGAAAAAGUAGUUCAAUAUUUAAAUUAGAAUUAAUUAAUGUGAAAAAUUAAAAUUAUCUCAUUAAAAUGAUGUUGAUUUAUUAAUGGCUAAAUUUUAAAAAGAAUAAUAAUUAUUAGAAUAAAAAUUAUAGGAAGCUACAUUUUAAUUAGAUGAAGCAAAUAAAAUAAAAUUAUCAAUGUAAGAAAACUUAAAGAGAGCUUUUAUGAGAGGAGUUUGUGCUCUCAAUUUUGAAGCUAUGAAUGUAUUGAAUGGAUCAUCUUAAUAAAUGGAAUUAGAUUCAUUAGCCACUAAUUUAUUAAUGAAUCCUUUUUAAUAAUCUAGUACAUAAUAAUAAUAAUAAUCAACUAUUCAUUAACCAUAAUAAUUUAAUUAAUUAAAUGAUACAUUAAAUUUAAAUGAAAGCAAAGAUCAUUGGUAGAGAUAACAUUCACCACCUAAAAAUAUUAUUUAUCAUCAAUAAAAUAGAUUAGAAACAAAUGAUCAUCGUUGGAAAGAUGCACCAAUUGUUGGAAUUAAAUAAUUAUCAGAAAUUACUGAAAAUUAAAGCAUAAAUAUGUCAAUAUCUAAAUUAGUUUAACAAGGUAAUAAAUACUCUUAAUUUAUAAAGAUGAUCUAUAGUUUGAUAAAGAUGAUGAAUAAAAUGAGGGUAAAGUUAUUAAAGUAACUUUUGACAAUCCAUCUAAUAUAUAAACAUAAUCUGUAAAAAAAUAAACAGUUUAACCUAAAUAAUCAUAAACUAAACAACCAUCUAAAUAGAUUUCAACAACUAAUUCAUCAACAUUUAAGAAAAAAUGA